CGAUCGUCGCAAACAGACACAAUGGCUGGCCGAGGGGGAUAUGAUGUCGUCGUCGACGUCGAUGCAGAGGGCGACUUGGGGCAUACCGAUCUGAACGACGACCUCGAAUUCCACAAUUCCACGUUCGAUCAGAAUAAUUCUCGCAACAAGAUCCAACCUGACGCAAAUCAAUCCGGUGGAUUCUCCUCGUCGAGCGCCGGUCCAUCAUCCUCCAAACGCUACCUCUGGUCAAUCCAGUUCUAUCAACAAUUCUUCGAUGUCGACACCACAUCCGUCCUCUACCGAUGCCGUAACGCGCUCUACCCUCGCACGAACUUCCUCGAUGUGCUCGAAGGCAACCCAGAUCUGUACGGUCCCUUUUGGAUCGCAACGACUGUGGUUGUGAUCUUGUUCCUCACGGGCACGAUAAGUCAAUACCUGGCAUAUCAAGGCAAAGGACACUUUGCAUAUGACUUCAGACUGCUCUCAGGAGCCGCAGGAUUAGUCUAUGGAUACACGAUAUUUGUGCCUCUGGCACUGUGGGGAGUGCUGAAAUGGAGCGGUAGCGAGAGCGCGAAUUUGAUGGAGUGCUGGGCACUCUAUGGAUACGCCAAUCUGAUCUGGAUUCUCGUGGCGCUUGUCAGUUGGAGUCCUUUGACUGCUCUGAAUUACGCUUUCACUGCAGUCGGCCUUGCCUUCUCAGCUGUCUUCUUGACACGCAACCUGUUCCCGAUUGUAUCUGCGAUCGACGCGAAGAGGUCAAAAGUGCUACUCAUAGUCGUCCUGGCCUUGCAUGCAGGUUUUGCGAUUGCGAUCAAGAUUUUGUUCUUUGCAACUGGUAGCCCGGUCUCUAACGCGGGAGACGCGCCAAAGGAUGGCGGUGACGCAAAGGGGGAUGCAGCUGAGCAGAUGGCACGUUUGCUGUUCCGAUCCUAAAGACUGCAUCCAAGGUCUAAUGAUACCAUGAAAAGCGUUGAGAGAUGCCCGCGGCAGAGAAGAUGCUCAGCUUUCCAUUUCUGAUUUCUCCACUCGUUUGAUUUGAG